AUUUGAGAAAACAAUAAACAAUGCAAGUGAGGUUAGGCCCCCCCACUGCCCACAGUCAACCACGGUGACACCUCAAACGACGGACGAUACUCAAAAAUACCCCAAAAAUACAGGGAACCAUACACUCCAGAAAGCCCGAAACUAAAUUUAAAAAAACAGUUUAGAGGCUCAAAAUUAAAAAAUUAAAUCACUCAGUAGCAGUAUUCACCGGAAUUCCUGGAACUGAACUAGAAGGGAAUAUUCGACAUAUCAGACGUUGGCCUUGAACUUGGAACUGCAAUACACUGAAUGCACAUCAUAUUAAUAUAUGUGCCUCCAGUAUCGACAGGUGUACAAAAAAAAAACAGUCUCACUGUGCUACUAUUUGCGAAUAAAUGCCAUAACCGUUUUACUGCUUAAAACACUUGCUGGUAGGCCGAAGAGGGCACGACAGUGCACAGACAAUACACAUCAGAGUGGGAUUGCGCGGUGAAAAUUCUCCCGUCAAUAAUUUACAUCAUUUUUUAGGGGAAAAAAGUAUUAAACAUCACAGUAAUUAGGUUAAUAAGUUAGUUUAUUUGUUGAGGGAAGAUAUGUCACUCAUCAGAACAGUGUGGGAGUGCGCAUUCAGUCCGAAAUUGUACAAAAUACAAGAAACAACAUGGAAAUCUUACGAGCCGAAUAGUUUUGAGCGAUGGGGCGACCACGUAAUAACAUCAUUCGUAGCAAUAUGGUCAAUCAGCGUGUACGCUCUGCCCUUUAUUGCAACGUUUAUGUAUCGUCGAAGUUAUUCGCUGACGGAGAAUGCCCAUUCCCUUACAAAAUUCGUUGCCGGCGCGGGCUUCAUUCUCAUCGCAUCACUGGCGGUGCGAGGAUAUGCACGAGCUAACAAUCCUAUUUAUGUGAAGUUCAUCAAGACUCUGAGUAAAGCUAAAAAGUCUUAUAAUUAUGAGUCCAAACAAGAUCUUUUGAAGUAUGAUUUCGAGUUCUGGGCUUGGCCAGCUGAUUUUAAAGUUAGCUCAAUAGAUCGACCAGAUGGUAAGAAAAGAAUAAUCGUGACAGCCACGAGCAGAUCCACAAGGAGAGGAGGGAAAGAUUUGAUACUUGCUGUGCCUUGUAAAAUAAUCUCUUACAUUGUUGCUCAUACAAUUGCACUGAAACUCAUGUAUCCUGGAAGUAUGACACUAAUUAACAUGGCCCUGAAAUCAGCAAUGAUUCAGGGAAGAACCGAUUUGAUUGAUUUGGGAGGCCAAAGGUGUAAGAUCAUUACAUUCGAAAAACUGGAAAUUGAUGCAAUGUUUGUGGAUAGACGGAAUAGAUCGAGCAAUGGGAAUAUUCUUGUUAUUACGUGCGAGGGAAAUUGUGGCUUUUAUGAGACUGGUAUCAUGGCGACACCUCUCAACAAAGGGUAUUCGGUCUUGGGGUGGAAUCAUCCCGGAUUCGGAGGCAGCACGGGAGCUCCUUAUCCUCCAUCUGAAAUAGAUGCAAUCGAUGCUGUGAUGAGAUUUGCAAAAGAAAAUUUAUCUUUCCCUGAGGAUCGAAUUAUCUUAUACGGAUGGAGCAUUGGUGGAUUCACAGCCACGUGGGCAGCUAUGAAUUAUCCUGAAAUCCAUGGUCUAGUUCUUGAUGCCACUUUUGAUGACGUUCUGCCUCUGGCUACGUCGAGAAUGCCAGCGACCAUCGACAGCAUUGUACGAAACGUUAUCAGAGAUUAUUUGAAUCUCAAUGUCGCCGAACAAUUGAAAAAGUACGAUCGUCGUGUUUUAUUGGUGAGACGCACAGACGAUGAGAUAAUGUGCACCCCAACGAGUAAUCUCAUCCACAAUCGUGCAAAUUCGUUAUUAACAAAAUUAUUACUGCAUCGUUACCCACAUUUAUUUGUCGAAAAUCGGGAGAGCCUCGAUGUGCUGACACAAUAUCUGGCAAAUCCUACCCACGACACCAGUGGAAAUACUACGAGGUCACUUGUUGCUAGGACUCAAAAUUUAUUCAGGACUGGUAGUCCAAUAAAUGAGAGCCUCUGUGCAGAAGAAAUUAGCAAAGAUAUUGAAAAUAAUAAAGGAGAAGUUAAAUAUCCAUCAAGUUUGGGACAAGACUGUGAUACUUUAAUUAAGCAGCAACUUGUUAUUUAUCUCGCAAGUAAAUAUAUGGAGGAUCAAGCCUCUCAGCACUGUGCACCCCUAGUGGUCGAAUUAUUUCACCCAGGAUGGGAUCCACGGACGCUCCAUUCCAAGACGACGUAAUACAAAUUUCAUAAUUCUGAAAAAUAAUAACAUGCAGAAGAAAGUUAUCGAUUUCUCCAUGAAAAAAACUGAUUGUUCACUCCAAAUGUGUCGAGAAUGCUGCAAGUGUGAUACGAGGCAUUUACUUCCACAAGAAGAAUCACACCCUUCACCCUUGAAUCGUCAUCAAAAUCAGCCUUUGAUGUUUUGUUUUCUCUCGAGUACCUUGAGGCUCAGUGAAUAGAGUAAAUACAAAAAUCGUGGAUGCGAACGUUUUUAUAUUAAAAUAUUAAAAACAGAAAA